UCUAAAUUUCAGUGACAGUGGCCCUAUAAACCCAACAACAACAACAACAACAACAACAACCGGCGGCGGCUGGGAUACUCAACCUCUCAACAAACACCAAUUAUAUGUCCUGAACAACCAUUCAUCUGUUGAAAUUAUUGUCUUGGAAUAGCUUUUCGAGUCACUACAUCUAUCACCUAGAAGCUUUUUUGUGAUGUCUAUUAGAGCAUCCGCAGCAGUUGUGCGAGAAGCAUUGACAAAGCCAUGGAAUCAUCUGGGAGUGUUUAAAAAAGAAAACCAUUUAAGCAGAGUCCCAGAACACUACAAGAAAUUUUUUUGGGAGUGGCAGAUUGCACCCAAGUCACCAGUUCAUUAUAUUCCUAAAAAAGGGAGUUUUGUAAAGUUACCAAGUGGAGAAGUAAAAGUCUCUCAGGAUGUUCCGCUUCUACUCAAAUUUCCCAAGGAGCUUCACCAGGGCAUAUGGGGUGGAGAAGCUAUCUUGAAGGGAUUUCUAAAGCCUAAUUCGAGGAAGAGGCGUGUUCCUCAUUACUGGAUUCCUACAGUUGUGAUGUCUGUAGUUUAUUCUGAAAUCCUAGAUAGGUACAUGCGUCUUCAAGUGACAGACAGAGCUCUCCGGCUGAUUGAUGAGCAUUAUGGAUUUGAUAAUUACAUUUUGCAGACUCCACCAGCAGAUCUGAUGUCUGAAUUAGCACUGAAGUUGAGAAGAGAAAUGCUAUUGACAUUAGUGAGAGGAACACUAUAUCCUGAUAACCCAUCAAUGAAACAAGAAAUACUUGACAAGUAUCAGAAGUAUAUAAUUCCUGAAAAUGAAGCUGAGUGGUUUGGUUUAACACUCAAAGAAGCAGCUACUAAACAGAAACUUAUUGAAGAGAUGGCUAACCGACCUCAGCCUCUGAAACAUAACUUUAGAGGAGAGUUCAUUGAAUUUUUGAGGAAUAAAGAGCAAGAAAAUGAGGAUGUGAAGCUAGAAAGAUCUAACAAAAGUUGGCUCUCCCGUGUCAAUCCAUUUGCUAAGGAAUGAGAAGCUCCGUGAAUUGUAAAUUUGAGCAGUACAUGCCAGUGUGAUGUAAUAGACAAGGAUUCAUUUGCUAAUUAAACUUGGCUUACUUUUUCUUUGUGCUAUAAGCAUACUAGCACAGGUAUUCUCAUGAAGCCACAAAUAGAUACAUAAAGGAAUUGAUAGGGCAGAUAGAUACAGACUGUUAGGAAUGCAAGGACCAGGAAUGUGGGGGCAUAGUUGGUAGCUAAAAUCACAGAUAAAUCACUGACACACUGAGCUGUGGUUUUUCAGUCUCAUGGCAAUAGGGAGGUGGAAUUAACCAGAGGUAGAAGUAGUGAAAGCAAACUGAAUUCACAGUUUCAAAGAGGUAUGAUAGGGCUCAAAUGACCAGAAACCAGUAAUGCUAUUCAACAACACUUAUGUGGCUUGGCCAUAUGUUAAAGCUUGAUACCCAGAAACAUAUAGAUUUAAGUAAAUGCACAAAGAGAAAACAGAAUAACUACAUAUACAUAAGGUCAUGAAAGUAUGCAAAAGAAGAGGUAUUGAACUCUUAGCUGUCUUCAAGAGGGAACUGGAAAGACAUCUAAAAUCAGUACCCGACCAGCUGGGCUGUGGUUCGUAUGUUGGCUUGCCUGCUGCCAGCAGUAACACCCUGGUUGAUCAGACCCUGAUCCACUACGAGGCCUGGUCAUGGACUGCGCCACAGGGGCGUUUGCCUUCAGAACACCCUCCAUGUAUACUCCAGGUAUCAUUGGGGGAAGAAUACAAGACCACAGUUGUAAACAGAAAAAAUAUUUGAAAAAACUCAAGAGUAAUUGAAGAGUGGAAUGGGAUAGAAGAGGAGGUAGUAAAUGCUACAACCAUAUGUAUUUAAAAAAUUUAGGACAAUAAACACUUAAAAGAGAACACUAUGAGCAUAGCAGUAACUUGUACUUUUACACCGUCUUUUCAAUUGUAUUUAAAUACCUGAACAUUCUUCAGCAUCUGCUCCUCAUUUUCUAGUUAAAUGGCUUGCACAGUGUAUGUGUGUAUGUGUGAAAUUACUGGUACUUAUUUGUAGUUAUAACUACCAGUAAUUUCACACACACACACUGUGCAAGCCAGCUAACUAGAAAAUGAGGAGCAGAUGCUGAAGAAUGUUUAGGUAUUUGAAUGCAAUUGAAAAGACUGUAAAAGUACAUGUUACUGCCAUUUUUAAUUAGCAUAUUUUUUACAUGUCAUCAUUUAUUAAAUACUUCACAUGAUUUAGGAAUUAAGUUAGAAUGCUAAUUGCUGUAAAUUUAUAGAAGCAAUAACAACAUUAUUAUUAUGUACAUAAUUAUUUGUUGUAACAAUAAAAAAAAUGA